ACGUUUUGUUCCGAGACACUCUGUCAAUGUAAAGAUCCAAGACAUGCAGCUGGAGGCUGGAAGGGCCCACUCAGUUGAGUUGACUGCACGUGAUGUAGUACCCCUCGUUACCCCUCCAGAGCUGAACGGCUGAGCUUGGAAGCGAUCGUCGGUACCUGCCAUUGCAACCCACAACUUCUGUCCUACCAGUCUACAGAUAUCACAAGGUAUCUACACCAAUUGAUUCUUUUCAAGACUACAUCUAAAUCAAGCAAACCAACCCUGGGAACCAAAAUGUCCUCCCAACCAUCGAACCCCGCACUCACCCUCUACGACAUCAAAAUGGCCCCGCCCAUAACAACCAGCUCCUGCGCCCCGAACCCCUGGAAAGCGCGCCAGGCGCUGAACUUCAAGUCGGUCCCUUUCAAAACAACCUGGAUUGACUUGCCGGACAUCACCAAAACCCGAAUUGGCCUCGGCGUCCCCGCCGGCCGCCAAUUCGCCGACGGGACGGACUUCCAUACGCUGCCAAUCCUUGUUAACGAGGAGACCGGCGAGAAGAUCGGAGACUCACUUGAUAUCGCGAUUUAUCUCGAUGAAAAGUAUCCUCAUUCCGGCAGGGGCCGCCUCCUCCCGGAGGAGAACAUGGAGUUUCUGCUCGAGUACAGCUACAAGGAUACAGACAUCCUCGUCCCGCUCUCCGGUAUCAGCGCCGCAGCAUCGCAACCAAAGUACGUGCCCUACGCGCACUUCAACCGCCACGUCGACGCAGCCUUUACAGCACAUACACUGCUCAUGGCCUACGGAAUGAAAUUUGUCCCCGAGACGGCCGAAAUCACCAAGGCGGAAUUCGCGCGCCGCGCGUCGAUGCCUAGUUUCGACGCCUUCAAAGUCGAGGGAGAACCCCGGCGGGCGAUUAUGGAGUCGUUCAAGACGGCGCUCGGGGAUCUUGCGCGGGUCUUUAAUAGGGAUACCUCUGGUCCGUUUAUUCUGGGCGCAAAGGCGUGUCAUGCGGAUUUUAUUGUAGGGGGUUGGUUGCGGUUCGCGCAGGUUUGCUUGCACCCGGAGGAGUGGGAGGAGGUGAGAGACUGGCAUGGGGGCGUGUUUGGGAGGGUGUUUGAUGAGUUGGGUGCGUUUCGGGAGAUUAAAUAGGGUGCUGGUCUAGUGCCCAGGGGUCGGUCGUACAUGUUAUGAGCGCGGUUGGGUUGGGGGUUAUAUGGGGCGCGAUGUGCCGCUCUGCCUGUCAUUACCAUCUAUUGAUAUUUGUUAUCGCCAAGUCAGAACGGCUUGGAGCUGAGAAAAACACACAGAAGACUGUCACUGAAUCUCCAGCAUCGAGGUAGCGCAAGAGCAGCCGCUAGACGUCUUUUAUGCCAUACUUGGGCAUUGGAUGAUGAACAUAGCGAGCCUUGGGAACGCUGUCCCCUUCCAAUUUCGGCUCUAGAAUACUCCGGCAUACCCGGCCAAGCUGAACGUGCCCCUUCUCUACUUCGUGCGGCUCUUAGAUCACUACUUUCCGAAUGGCGAGCCCUUGAUAACCGCAAGAGGCCUGUGUACGUGACCAGUCUAAACGCAUCAAGUACCCUUCAGUUUAACGGUAACCUACUCCCUCGGCGGCCCCUCAACCGCAGCCUCAACCCGCUUGCGAAGCUCCAUAACCCAAAACACCUGAUUCCCAAAGACCCCAAGACCAUUGCGCUUCCUCUGACUGGGCCUGGAUUCCAGGGAGUCCAGCUCCUCCUUCUCCAAGUGCCGCACAUCCACCUCGCCGCUGUCUUUCCCCGCCGGGAGGCGGAUCUCGUACGUCGCGGUAUACAGCUUUUCGAAGGACACGUAGCGUGGUUCCCAUUGCGGCCACCGGCGGUGGGAACUUCCGGCCCAGAGGGUGAGGGUGAAUGUGUCCGUGUUGAGGCCGGCUUGUUUGCGCUCGGUGAAGAAGGAUUGCGCGAUGCUGCGGAUGGAGGCGUAGUUUAUUGUUGGGGUUAUAGGGUGUUUUGUGUCUGGGAGGCCGAGCUCAAAGUGGAGCGAGAGCGAUUGUAGGUUCUUGAACCCAGUUGCAAG